UCUUGAGUGCUCUUUUCUUAUUGAUCCGAUUGAACUUCAAAUUAUCAAGUUAAAUAUACAAUGUUUGUCAUAAAGAGAGACGGCAGAGAGGAGACUGUUCAGUUUGAUAAGAUCACUUCACGUAUAGCCAAACUAUGUUACGGAUUGAACGAAAAGUUUAUCGUUCCUGCCGAAAUUUCUCAAAAAGUAGUAACAGGAGUUUAUCAAGGCAUAACAACUGCUGAACUCGACAAUCUUGCAGCAGAAACCGCAGCUUAUAUGACAACACACCAUCCAGAUUUUGCCAUUCUAGCUGCUCGCAUUGCUGUAUCUAACCUACAAAAAGAAACAGAUGACAGGUUCAGUACCGUUGUGAGCAAGCUUUAUCAUCAUGUUCACCCGAAACUUAAACAGCCCAACCCUUUAGUUUCAACAGAGCUGUAUAAAAUUGUCAUGGCCAACGCAGAUCAAAUUGAUGGAACCAUUAUGCAUGAGCGUGAUUUCAAUUACACCUUUUUCGGUUUCAAGACGUUAGAACGCAGUUAUCUUAUGAAAAUAGACGGCAGAAUAGUUGAAAGGCCACAAUACAUGAUCAUGCGCGUUGCCUUGGGUAUCCAUGGUAAUAAUCUGGAACGCGCGUUUGAAACUUAUCAUUUGAUGUCGUCGAAAUAUUUCACUCAUGCUACUCCUACCUUGUUCAACGCGGGUACUCCACGGCCGCAGUUAUCAAGUUGCUUUUUGGUGCAGAUGCGAGAGGACAGCAUUGAGGGUAUUUACGACACACUAAGUACAUGUGCUCGCAUAUCCAAGGCAGCUGGUGGUGUUGGUAUCUCUUUUCAAAAGAUUCGCGGCACCGGAUCUUAUAUUUCUGGAACAAAUGGUACUUCUAAUGGUGUCGUCCCUAUGUUACGAGUGUUCAAUGACACAGCUCGUUUUGUGACUCAAGGAGGUGGCAAACGCAAUGGUAACUUUGCCAUGUAUAUGGAGCCUUGGCAUGUCGAUAUCUUCGAUUUCUUAGAGCUGAGAAAAAAUCAUGGCGCGGAAGAAAUGCGUGCUCGCGAUUUAUUCUUAGGUUUAUGGAUUCCAGACUUAUUCAUGCAACGUGUGGAAAGCAACGGGGACUGGUCACUAUUUUGUCCCAAUGAAGCACCUGGCCUAGAUACAGUUCACAAUGAGAAAUUUGAAGCUCUUUACAACAAAUAUGAGAACGAAGGUAGAGCUAGACGAAUUGUUAGUGCACAAAAGCUUUGGUUUGCCAUCCUUGAAGCUCAAAUUGAAACAGGCAUGCCUUAUAUGCUAUAUAAAGAUGCAUGUAAUAGCAAAUCGAAUCAGAAAAAUCUCGGUACAAUCACCUCUUCAAAUUUGUGUACAGAAAUAAUUGAGUAUACAUCCCCAGAUGAAGUCGCUGUCUGUAACUUAGCAUCACUAGCCUUACCAAAGUUUGUUGAUAUCAAUACGAGAACGUUCGAUUUUAUAAAACUUCAUCAAGUAACAAAAGUAGUCACUCGCAACCUUGAUAAAGUGAUUGAUGUGAACUAUUAUCCUGUUGAAGAAGCAAGAGCUAGCAAUACACGUCAUCGUCCUAUUGGCCUUGGCGUACAAGGGCUCGCGGAUGCUUUUAUUCUUAUGGGCUACCCAUUUGAUUCCGCCGAAGCUAGGCAGUUAAACAGGGAUAUUUUUGAGAGCAUGUAUUUUGCCGCACUAGAAGCUUCGUGUGAGCUUGCCCAAGAAUUUGGAACUUAUGAAAGCUAUAGUGGAUCGCCUAUCAGUCAAGGCUUACUUCAACAUGAUCUAUGGGGCAUCCAUGGGUCAGACCAUCGCCUUGAUUGGAACACUCUUCGUAAUAACAUUCGUCAAUAUGGCGUACGUAAUUCCUUGCUCCUCGCUCCAAUGCCUACUGCAAGUACUAGUCAAAUUCUCGGCAACAAUGAAUGCUUUGAACCCUAUACUAGCAAUAUUUACACGCGGCGUGUUCAAAGCGGUGAAUUCCAAGUUGUCAACGAGCAUCUUCUAAGAGAUUUAGUAAGAUUAGGACUAUGGAAUGAUAAUGUAAAAAACAUGAUGAUUGCUCACAGUGGCAGUAUUCAGCAAAUCCCUCAAAUACCAAAUCAUUUGAAAGAACUUUAUAAAACUGUGUGGGAGAUUUCCCAACGAACGAUCAUUGAUAUGGCAGCGGAUAGAGGCGCUUUCAUCGAUCAGUCGCAAUCAAUGAAUUUGUUUAUUGCUGAACCAAAUUAUGGCAAGCUAACGUCUAUGCACUUCUACGCUUGGAAAAAAGGCUUAAAAACUGGCAUGUAUUACUUAAGGUCGAGACCGGCUGCAAACGCUAUUCAGUUUACAGUGGAUCAAUCAGCGCUAAAAGAAAUGGCUGUAGGCAAAUCUGUGAAAAAUGAAAAUGAUCACAGUAACGAUAAGAAGAUCGAAGAUGUUGAAAAAAAAAUAGCUCAACUUCAAUGCUCAAUAGACAACAAAGACGCCUGCCUAAUGUGCAGCGGCUAAGUUAAGCUGCUUUUUCUUUGUUCAAUAUUAUCCGUAAGGAAGAUAUUGAGUUGACCAUAAAACCCUUCUGCUUUUGGCGAACAGUAUUUAUCUGCUUGUUACAUUACUAUGCCAGUCUUCUUUAUUCUGUUAUGCCCAGAUAAGGAAAACUCUAUCCUUCAAACAUAACAAUAAAUCUUUUACGUUUUCAGCUCAAUGCUUGCUAAUUUUUAUGAAAAUUAAAUGAUGGGAAUGGGGGGAAUAAUUU